AUGGAGUCUGUGACACUGGCGGCGUGCGGCGCGCCGGAGGGCAUCAGGACCGAAGUGUUGCUCCAGGCAACCGCUGCGGACCCGGGGAACGAAGAGCUGGGGGUGGCGACCUCCGUGCACGGGCCGUCGAACGAGGUGACGACAGAAUCGGGCGAAGACCUGACCCCGGAAACCAUCCGCGCCGCCGAAGAGCGCUUGGACAAACUUUCAUUACGUAGCGUUUCUUUACCGGCGGCCCCAGUCCUCGUGUUCACAAUCGACGGCCCUAUCAAACGUUUCGUCGAGGUACCUGACGACAGCCCUCCGCGGAAGUUUGACAGACAGGACAGUGGUGGAGAUGAGCCACUCAACUUGAAGAUGUGGAUGGUGAAGAAUAUGGCGGCGCUGGGCUUGGCAUUUAUGGUCCAUUACAUAGCGAUGAAGGGUGCCAAUAACCUGCAGAGCUCUGUCAACGCGGAGGGGGGUCUGGGCACCUCGGCGCUCACUGCUUACUACUCCGCAUUUAUUUUCUCCAACGCCUUCUUGCCCGUCAUUAUCAUAAGGUGGCUGGGCUGUAAAUGGACGAUGGCGGCGGGCAUCUUGGGCUACGUGCCGUACAUGGCGGCGCAGUUCUGGCCGUCGUUCUGGACGCUGGUGCCGGGCGCGCUACUGGCCGGACUGAGCGCGGGCCCGCUGUGGUGCGCGCAGAGCACCUACCUCAGCCACGUCACCGGCCACUACGCCGACGCCACCCCGCCGGCGCCGGGCCGCCGCGACGCGCUCAUGGUGCGCAGUUUCGGCGCCUUCUACAUGCUGUACCAGAUGAGCCAGGUCUGGGGGAACCUCAUCUCCUCUGCAGCGUGGCCGCGGUCGCCACCCAACGCGACGCAACCCAAGGAGGUGUGCGGCGCGCGCUUCUGCCCCCUGGCGUCGCGCGGGCCCGAGGCUCACGGGCCUCCGCUAGAAGUCUCUGGCAUAUUCGUCAUCACCGCCAUCUUCAUCGGCUGCAUCGUGGCCGCCUCCGCUACCGUCGCCUUGUUCGUAGACGCCAUAGACAGGAAAAAACAAAAUGACAAAGGAUCUUCAGGUGUGAAGCUCUUAGUAACAACAAUGAAGUUGUUGAAGAACCGCAAACAACUUCUCCUCCUCCCAAUAACAAUGUGGCUUGGCGUCCAGGAUGCUUUUGUUUCUGCUGAAUACACAUCUGCAUAUGUUACUUGUGGAUGGGGAAUCCAGAACAUUGGAUACGUGAUGAUAUGUUUUGGUGUGACCAACUCAGCAUCAGCACUGUUACUUGGAUGGGCCGUCAAGAUCACUGGCCGUCUACCCAUAAUGGUGACAUCAUUUGCCCUUCAUGUGGCCAUAUUAGCAACAUUAUUAAUCUGGUAUCCACAUCCAACGAAUCACACAGUUUACUUUGUCAUCGCUGGUCUGUGGGGAAUUACAGAUGGGGUGUGGCAAGCACAAGUCAAUGCACUUUAUGGACUCACCUUCCCUGGUAAGGAGGAGGCAGCAUAUAGCAGCUUCAGAUUGUUUGAAUCACUUGGUUACAUAAUUGCCUACAGUUACAGUGCAUGGCUUUGCACUUACAUAAAAAUAUAUAGUGUGCUUGGUUUGUUAGUCCUUGGAUUUGCUGGAUAUGUGGUGGUGGUGGUGGUGGUGGUGGUGGUGGUGGUGGUGGUGGUGAGGAGGAGGCAAAAUGAAUGUGUGGCUGAAACACAGUAUGAAAAAGGGACCAAAUUAUCAGAAGAGUGGCAACAAUAA